AUGGCGGCCCAAGAUGACUGGCAGGGUGUUGAAAACGACAUUUCAGACCCGGAAGAGCUUCGAGUCAUCUACCAGGCUUUGGACUCCUUUUUCCGAUACGCAAAAGUUGCACAUUUCAACUGCACCCACCUCCGGAGGCAGUCCUUUUACGCCCUGCCCCAGGCCCACUGGAAGCUCCUGGCCUCCCCUCCCUUCAACUAUCUCGACACGCUCGAGAGGGUCGACGCAGCCAUCGACACCAAUGCCGAGCUGGCCCGCGCCAUCGCCGAGGCUGGCAUGGCGUCUUUCCACAUGCAGGAGUCGAGGACGUCGUUUGACGGCAUCGCCAAGGCCAACGAUAUCGACAAGGCCAGGAGCACGCUGAGGCAGUUCUACCGCGACUGGUCCGCCGAGGGCCGCCUGGAGAGGGAGGCCAGCUAUGGGCCCGUCAAGCAGUACCUGCUGCACAUGGAGAGGGUCCGGGUCCAGGAGUGGUUUGGACCCACGCCCCCGAGCCCCCUGCCCACCCUGCCCCCGCUCAAGGUGCUCGUCCCCGGCGCCGGGCUGGGCAGGUUGGUGUUUGACCUGUGCGACCUGGGCUACGAGGUGGAGGGCAACGAGAUAUCCUACCACCAGCUGCUCGCGUCGUCGUACAUACUCAACCGCGCCCCGGCCGCCCGCCAGCACACCAUCUACCCCUGGGUGCAGUCCUUUAGCAACCACGCCAGCCGGGCCAACCAGUUCCGGUCCUACGCGGUCCCGGACCUGCACCCGGCCACGCAGCUCGCGGCGCCCACGAGGGCCGGCGGCAGCAUGUCCAUGUCGGCGGCCGACUUUUUGUGCCUGUACGAGCAGGAGGCGCAGCGCGAGAGGUUCGACGCCGUCGCCAGCGUCUUCUUCCUCGACACGGCCCCGAACCUGAUCCGCUACAUCGAGGCCAUCCGCAACUGCCUCCGGCCCGGCGGCGUGCUCAUCAACGUCGGGCCCCUGCUGUGGCACUUUGAGGACAACGCACCGGGAAACCACGGCAGGGACGACGACGGCGACGGCGAGCACGACCCGUCCGCCUCGAGCGGCAUCGCGGACCCGGGGAGCUUCGAGCUGACCGAGGACGAGGUCAUUGCCCUCGUCGAGAGGCUCGGCUUCGAGAUGGUCAGGAAGGAUCCCAUGCCCGUCGAGGCCCCGUACAUCCAGGACCGGGAGAGCAUGUUGAGGACCGUGUACAGGGCGAGUUCCUGGGUUGCCAAGAAGAAGAUUGGAUGGGUGAAUGAUGUUUGA